AGAUGUCAAGUAAUUCUUCGUGGAAGUACUCACGGAAGUACAAGCAACAAAUGUUGAAACAGGGCGUUUUAUAUCCUAUAUAACUAUUAUGUGCUCUUGCGAUCUUCAGAAAGUUUAGCUUACCACUUGCAACUAGUCAUUUCUGUUCAGAAGUUAUUGCUGCUGUUGCUGCUGCUGUUUCUGCUGUUCUUAUCCAGGCUCAUCCUCGAAAUAAGACAUAAUGACCCUCUUAAUGAAAUUGAUGACUGUGGCCUGUAUCGCCUUUAUCUUCUCCAUUGGAUGCGUGCAUGGUCACGAUGGUGCACACGCAUUCGAGUGUGAAGCCCUCCCUGGCGGUGAGGUCCCUAAGAUAACCAACUUUAUCUCGGCCGACAACAGCAUCAACGGCACGACUAUAUGUAUGAUGCAAUAUGAGGUGCCACAAGGGGCAAACCUGUGGCAAGGCAUGAUAGCAGCUAAUCAGCAACAAGGAGAUAACUUCACCUACAUGGCAAAUUUGAAUUCUGAGUACGGCCACUUCAUUACCACCAUAAACGGUGUCACAGCGGCUGAUGGUUAUUUCUGGGCAAUCUUCGAUGGAGAAGGUAUAGCGACUCCUGUUGGCGUAGACGCUUUAGUCCUGGAAGAUGGCGAUUCAUACAUUUUUAAUUACAUGUACUACAAUGCCAGUAGUCCUACUAUCGCAAACUACACAGGCCCAUGCUUGAAUGCACCCGUCAUCCCUGCUAACAUGCCCCUGACGUAUCUCAGUACGUUCAUCACGGUCGCAGACGACAACACAGAUAAUGUGAAGGCGGGAACAAACUUUGAACCGGUCUGCAAUCAGCUGGUACUCUUCGACCAAUCACAGCCAUCAUUGUAUGACGUCAUGAUGCUGGUCAACAAUCAGAUCCCAUUGGAUAUAAGAGUAACACUGGAUACCUCAAACAUGACUGUGAUGACACUGAACGACAUCACUAACCAAGGAGGGUAUGCCUGGACUCCGUUCAACGUCAAAACUAACAUGAAACUACCUAGAGAUCUCUCUAUGACCCAGCUGUCUGAUGGUGAUCAGAUUCGAUUCGUCUUCGCCGAAGUCAAUGAUGAGGCCGAAGUCAAUGAUGACGACGAAGGAGAUGAAUUCGAGUGUGAAGCCCUCCCUGGCGGAGAGGUCCCUAAGAUAACCAACUUUAUCUCGGCCGACAACAGCUUCAACGGCACGACUAUAUGUAUGAUGCAAUAUGAGGUGCCACAAGGGGCAAACCUGUGGCAAGGCAUGAUGGCAGCUAGUCAGCAACAAGGAGAUAACUUCACCUACAUGGCAACUGUGCAUCCUAUCUACGGCCACUUCAUUACCACCAUAAACGGUGUCACAGGGGCUGCUGGUUAUUUCUGGGCAAUCUUCGAUGGAGAAGGUAUAGCGACCCCUGUUGGCGUUGACUGGUUAGUCCUGGAAGAUGGCGAUUCAUACAUUUUUAAUUACAUGUACGCUCCUCCUUACAACGCCAGUAAUCCUGAUCAUGUUAUCGCAAACUACACAGGCCCAUGCUUGAAUGCACCCGUCAUCUCUGCUAACAUGCCCCUGACGUAUCUCAGUACGUUCAUCACGGUCGCAGACGACAACACAGAGAAUGUGAAGGCGGGAACAAACUUUGAACCCGUCUGCAAUCAGCUGGUACUCUUCGACCAAUCACAGCCAUCAUUGUAUGACGUCAUGAUGCUUGUCAACAUGCAGAUCCCAUUGGAUAUAAGAGUUACAGUGGAUACCUCAAACAUGACUGUGAUGACACUGAACAACAUCACUAACCAAGGAGGAUAUGCCUGGACUCCGUUCAACGUCAAAACUAACAUGAAACUACCUAGAGAUCUCUCUAUGACCCAGCUGUCUGAUGGUGAUCAGAUUCGAUUCGACUUCGCCGAAGUCGAAGACGACGAGGACGAUGAUAUGUCAUCUGGAGUAGAGACCACGAUGUCGGUCAUCUUGCUUCUCUCAUCUGUCUUCAUGGCUUUCUUCAUCUAGGGAAUUUUCGAACAAGAGAUAUUUCCAGCAGAGAAAUUUAUAUCUUCGCGUACACUAGCACAAAAAAAGAGAAUCAAAAGGUUUUAUAUCUGUAGAGAAUAUAAAUUAUGUAUUUUGAAGAGAAAUUCACAAUUUCCUUCCUUCAUUAUCAGUACAAUAUGAUCAAAACAGAGAUCAUUUUAGUCGAUAAAUGAAAACAUAGAAGGAGCAAAUCUGGAAACAAGUAUUGCGUUGGGAAAACCCAUUAAAUAUAAAUUUAUAUUUCUUAAUCACAAAAGAAGUUGAAAUUUCGAUAUAGGUCUCAUUUUUGCAUACCAUCCCUCUAUUUCAGUUUUAUCGUUUCCUUUUUUUUUCAUUCCUAGAUUGUCUUCGUCUUUCAUUCCACUCUUUCUGUUAUAUUCAUAUGCAUUAUGUAUUGAAUUGAGUUGCACAUUAUUGUACAAAUCGCUUUGAUAUUUUCCUAUAAUUCAUAAAGAAGGAGAGCCAUUUUUAUAAAGAUUUGUAUUAAGAAAUUAUCGAUGUAUCUAUAACUUUACGAUUCCCGUCCGGAAUUCAUGACCUAAAAACAGAUGCACUCUGAGACAAGUAGAGAAAAGAUUUACCCAGUAAUCUGCGGAACAUGCAUGUUGGUUGGGUGAAAUUAUACGCAAAGUCUGGAAUAAUCUACUUAAUAUACUAGAGUCUGUGAUGCCCCCUCCAUUGAUUAAUUAUAGAGUAGAUUAAAUUUAAAGUAACAUAUUUUCUCAUCCUAUCAUAGUUACAGUAACUGUACUCGUAGCCGUAUGUAGCAUAUUGUAAAUUUAAUAUCAUUCUUUGUAAAGUAAUUAAGUAUUGUAGAAUUUAUGUAAAAUUAUUUCCUGGUUUUUGUAAAAAUGUAUUUCGUAGUUAUAUUUUUGUAUUUUAUCUAAUGUAAAACGCAUCGAAUUUUAUUAUGUAAUGAGCUAUAUAAAUGUAACAUAUUAUUAUUAUCAUCAAUGUUUUAAAAACCAAGAUUGGGUAGAAUUUACCCUACAACCAUGCAUGUUCCCAUUUUACCCAAUGUUAGGUAAAUCUUACCCGCUUUAUUUAGAGUGGUCAGCGGCUGUUUAGCGUAUGAAUGACGGUCAUUUAUGAUGGGCAUUUAAAAAAUGUAUCUAUUCUUUCUGCAAAUCAUUUACUCAGAGAUACAACUAUUGCAUGCUCCGGUAUUCAGUGUAACAAAAUAUAUGAACCGACAAUUAAAAAAAUUCAGAGUGAUAUUAAAUUUCGCCGGGGUCGCAAGCCAAGGUUGAAAUCUAAUGGCACGAGGAAAAUUCUUAAUUUGGAGGUGAAUUUAUGUUAUAUUGAACAACGAAAUGCAAUAUUUUUGUUUUUAUAAAAUUAAGGGUACUUGUAAUCUUUUGAAAUCAGGCCCUCUCUAUUACAUUAAGGUUGCAUUCGCGUCAGAUGGGUACGCAUAAGAGAGGUACGCAGUCUAAAUCGCCUUUAUUCGUGUUUUACCUUGCCAAAAAAGGAUUGUAUAUCUACUGCACACUCGUGAAACGUAACAAAUUGUUGAGUGUCACGUGACUCUUUUUCAGCAAAUAAAAUACUCGAUAAUAAAUA